GUGGCAGCCAGAGGCCGUGGGAAGAAGGGGGAGGGGCUCCGAUUAGAACCCGCCGCCCGCGAGACUACCGCCUAGCUUCCCUAGCCCCUCCUUGGAGCUCUCCCGCUACCUCCGCUCUGGAUAGGCUGAUGUCUCCUGAGCGGGCGGGGAUUUUAAGGAUCCUGCUUCCGGUUGCGAGUGUCUCGGAUUGCAAAAGUAUCGCGUGAGCUGAACGCCUCGCGCGCUUUUAAGGCGACUUCCGACUCUGCGCAGCAGAUCGCAACGCUAAAGUGUAAAAGACUAGUCUGGAGAGGGAAGUGGCCUAGAGAGGCGGGGCCUGCUUGAUGCUGGGAAAUGGUGCGAAGCUUUGAUGGGAAACAAAGUCCGCCUAGCUUGAGCGGGAAAAAAUAAACGCUAUCCCGAGAACCAUGGGCGGGGUUUGGGGGUGAGAAGAAUCCAGAAUAGGCGGGACUUCUCCCAGUGAUAUCCAGAGUGGAUGGAGCGCUGAGGAGAGGCGGGGCUAAGUUGGUUAAGACUCGCGCGGAGGAGGUCCUUAAAGGGCUGGUGCCCGGUCCCCCCUCCGGCUGGUUUGGGGCGGAGGGCGGGGGCAUGCAGCAUCGCACCCUCGCUUCGGCCCCGGGCCUUUGGGCUUCCAUCCCCUGUCCACGAUCUGAGCUGGACUUGGACCUGGUCCUAUCUUCGGGCCAGUCCUUCAGCUGGAGAGAGCAGAGCCCGAGGCACUGGACGGGCGUCCUGGACGGCCGGCUGUGGACGCUGACCCAAGCGGACGGGCGGCUGCACUACACCGUGUACGGGGAGUCGGCCGGGCCCGGGGCUCCGCACACCCUGCGCCGCUUCUUUCAGCUCCACGUCCGCCUGGCCGACCUGUACCGGCAUUGGGCCUCCGCGGACCCCCACUUCCGAGAAGUGGCCCCGAGAUUCCCGGGGGUCCGGCUGCUCAGACAGGAGCCCGUGGAAUGCCUCUUCUCCUUCAUAUGCUCCUCCAACAAUCACCUCUCCAGGAUCACCGGGAUGGUGCAGCGGCUGUGCGCGCACUUGGGGCCGCCGCUGGGCCAGCUGGACGGCGUCUCCUACCACGGCUUCCCCAGCUUGCAGGCUCUAGCCCGUGAGCCCGCCCCGCCUGCCCCCGCAGCCCCCCAAGCUGAGGUGGAGCCUCAACUCCGGGAGCUGGGUUUUGGGUACCGGGCCCGCUUUGUGAGUGAGAGCGCCCGCGCCAUCCUGAAUGACCGGGGGGGACUCGGUUGGCUGCAGCAGCUCCGUUCGGUGUCCUACGAGGAAGCCCAACAGAACCUCUGCUCGCUGCCUGGGGUCGGGAUAAAGGUGGCGGACUGCGUGUGUCUCAUGGCGCUGGACAAGCCCCAAGCUGUGCCCGUGGAUGUCCACGUCUGGCAGAUCGCCCGCCGGGACUACGGCUGGCAGCCUGCUUCCAAGGGUCAGAAGAGCCUGAGCCAGAAGGCCAGCAAAGAGCUGGGAGACUUCUUCCGCAGCCUGUGGGGGCCCUAUGCUGGCUGGACUCAAGCGGUUAGUGUCUUAUUUCCCAGGACCUCCCCUAGCCUUUGUUCUGUUCAUGUCCCACAGGACUUGCAGGGGAAGACUGCCUACCCCUGGUUUCUUUCUUUAGGUGCUCUUCUGUGCAGACCUGAGACAGAUCCCCAAACCGCAGAUUCUCCAGGAAAAGGCAAAGCCUCGGAAGCGCAAAAAGCAGACCUCUGAGGGAAGCAGGGGCCCAAUGUCAGGGCAGGAGGCUACUGGAAAACCAGGGUGACGGAAAACUGCCUCACUCUCCAGUCCUCACCAGGGACAGAUCCCCUCCUUUCCCUCUCCUCACCUCUGCCCAGUGUUGGGCUUGGGGGUUCCAUCUGACUUUCAGCAUCUACCUCAGAGGCAAUUUAUAUCCCAUAGCAGAUGGUCAGUUGAGCACUAUUGGGGAAAGGUAAGGAUUGGGAAAUGCCAGCUAAGCUGGAGAGACAACACGAUCCAAUGGUUUUAACCUCUUCCCUUUAAUAAAAGAAUGAACAAUAAAAUAGAAAUAUUUGUUUGGAAAA